AUGAGCUUAUACAACAGGCUGAAGGCCGGAUGUCUGAAAAAGAAAGAACUAUUCGAAGAUUCGGAUUUUCCAGCUACACAAUCAUCUCUAUUUUAUCAUCAAACUCCUCCUUUUCAGUUCGUUUGGAAAAGACCUAAGGAUCUAUGCUCAGAGCCUAUCUUUGUGGAUGAUGCGCCAGAAAAACUAAAGCUAGUUUCUGGGAAAUUAGGAGAUCCUUGGUUUGUGUCUUGCGUGGGGUGUUUGGCAAGCACCCGGGGAUUGUUCUACCGCGCAGUUCCAGCCGACCAAAGUUUCUCUUCCUCCGAUUACGCUGGAAUAUUUCGUUUUCGAGUGUGGUGGUGCGGCGAAUGGAAAGAAGUGCUAGUGGACGAUCGACUCCCAUCAGUGGGCAAUAAACUCAUAUUUGUUCAUGGUGCGACUAGCAACACUUUUUGGCCUGCGCUUCUGGAAAAGGCAUAUGCAAAAUUACAUGGUUCUUAUGAAGCAUUGAAAUAUGGAUCGUCUCUCGACUGCUUGGCUGAUCUGACAGGAGGCAUUACUGAGAGCUUUUCAGUUGGUUACGACUCUAAUGCCUGCACGAAAGUUAUCAAUAAGCUGCUGAAAAUGACUACAAUAAUCACAGCUAUAACACCGAGGCAACCUCAACCUAGAAGUACUCAAGAGAAGUUGCCAAACGGUAUUCUUGCUGGAAUCAAUUACAGAAUUGUUAGCAUCCAAAAGGUACAAACAAAAGAUAAUUUAGAAAAAGUUCUUAUUUGGUUAAGGAACCCUCUUCAUGUUGAUAGCCAAUAUAAUGGAAAUUGUGAAGAUUUAUUGCAAAUGUCAAAUGAAACUUCCAAAGCUAGGAAUAAUGAUCAAUUCUGCAUGCCUGUAGAAGAAUUUGUGACCACGUUCACUACAUUCGAGGUAGUUCAUCUGGACGGAGAUACGAGUCGAGCUGAGAGUAGCCUCAAAAAUCGUGAUCCUUGGCACGUGAAACUUUGGCACGGUCACUGGCAAAAAGGUGUAAACGCAGGUGGAUGCAGGAAUCACUCUGAUACUUUUCAUGUAAAUCCUCAAAUGCAACUGGUAGUCGGAGAACCUCAAGAAAUGGUGAUUUGUCUUGCGCAACACAUUGUUUUGGAGCCUCGUGUCAUCGGCUUUAGUGUCUAUCAGAUGUCGAAACCAACAUCUGAUGUCCUUGGUAAAUCUUUCUUCAAAAUUAAUAAGUCCAUUUUGAAUUCACCCUACAGUAACAGUCGGCAGGUUUCAGUAAAAUGCCAUUUAGAGCAAGGUUGCUACGUGCUUCUUCCCACUACUUUUGAACCAUGCCACGAGGCGAACUACACCCUUCGAGUACUUUCAACAAAACCGAUACGAAUGAAACUUUUGGAUUUCAUACCCAGCAACAUGAAGCCAGCCAUCAUCCAAGCUCCAACAACAAAUGAAAAAGUCAGCUCCUAUGAAGCGGUCUUUUUACGUUUUGCGGAUGAGCACAAGACGAUAUCAGCUUUUGAGUUGCUUGAGCUCCUGGAAACCUGUCUUCCGAACGAUUAUGUAAAGAGCUGUGCAACGUUGGAAGUUUGCAGACAAAUAAUACUUGCCUUGGAUAAAAAUGGCAGUGGUCGACUCAAGUAUCAAGAUUAUAAAAAUUUAAUGUGCAGCUUGAAGCUGUGGCAAACCAUUUUUAGAAGCCAUAGCAGGGGCUCAUCUGGAAUUUUGAGAGCUGAAAAAUUAAGAGGAGCGUUGAUGGAUGUUGGUUUUCAAGUCAACGUAGAUGCCUUGUCACUCUUAGUUCUUCGUUACAUGCGAAAAGAUGGAACCUUAAGAUUUGGAGAUUUCGUACUGUGUAUACUGCAUUUAAUGGUUGCAUUUGGUACCUUUGAAAAGAAAGAUCUGUUACAAAAUGGAUUUGUUAAAACAACGCUCUCUGAGUGGUUACAAGCAUCUUUACAAUGCUGA